GCGGUCCAGGAGGCGAGGGGGUCGCGACCGCUGCUCGCCGCCCUGACUCUGCUGGAGACGUUGGCCAUACGCUCGAACACCGAGGACUGGAGAACGUACGAGGAGCUCGACGCGGUGCUGUCCAACUACUUCUCGGACCACUUCUUGAUGGGCACGGCCUGCAACAUCGGGCAGACGGUGUCCGUGCCCCCCCGGGCCUCGAGGGCCUCGGCCGCGUGGAAGCGCCGCGCCCCUGGCAAGACUCGCCUGCCCCUGCCGCGAUCUGCGGUGCACGCGAUUGCGGGUUGGCCCAUCAGCCACGGGCAGCUGGGGUUGGCCUGCUGGGCGGCGCUGGCGUUCGCAGCCUACUUGAGGCCAGCCGAGGCGCAGAGCCUGACGCGCGAGUGCCCGGUGCCGCCCGCUCCUGCCGCGGGCCCGGGCUGCACCUGCAAGGCAUUGUUGAUGCAUCCGCUGGAGCGCGGGGUGGCAGGGGAGACUGGGCAUUGCGACGACAGCGUCGCGAUCGACCAGGCACCGCUGUGGCCGAUCCUGGAUGCCUUGAGCCUCGCGACGACGCCAGGGGCCAGCCCGUGGAGUUUCCCGCUCGAGGCAAUCACCCUGCAGGUCAGAGCAGCUCGCCGGGCCUUGCAGUUAUCGUCGCCGAGGCCCCACCUCUACAGCCUCCGCCGCGGUGGGGCCUCGGACGACCUCCUGACGGGCCGCCGCAGCCCCACCGAGGUGCAGCGGCGGGGACGUUGGGCAGUGGCGUCGCCCAUGCGGCGAUGCGGCAAGGAGGGCUCGCCACUGGGCGAGAUGGCGCGGAUCAGCGCGGAGGUGUUUGCGUUCGGGGCCCUCGUCGAGACGAACUUCGGUCCGCUGCUCGAGCACGGGUUCAGCGGCUUGAACCUGUGCGGCCAUGUGCCUGCGGCGGUGAUGCCAGCCCUCGGGCCAACGCCCAUUGCGAGUGGGCGACGGGUCCAGCAGCGACGCCCGCCGCUGAGCAAGGCUGCUACGGGCGCUGCCCAUGGGCCGCUGCGCGAGCCUGGCCCCGAGGUCGGCACCGCCGAAGGCGGCCACUGCAGCCGGCAUCUGAAGCGCCGCCUGAAGCAG